AUGACAGAUAGUGUGACUAGCAAUUGCAUGCUUACUUUGAAGACCGACUUCGGAGAACCUUCGCCGGUUUAUAUAAAGAAUGGCACGUAUUUGGCGCCAAACACACCGUCUGGUGACAUUUUGUUGCGGCGUUCGGAAACGCUGCUCGUAGGGUGCCCGGGCAACAAAAAGUUUGUCGUUUUAGGCAACGACACAACUGAUGUUAACUAUGUGGAGGCGCAAUGCGUCGCGAACACGACCUUCCGAGCCGGCCGCUGGCUAGGACGAUUCAAGGACAUAAGAUGUAGCUCGCUCCCGUGGUUCACGGCCGAGGAGACGUCCGAUUACUGUGCGGAGCGGAGCAAACUGUUUAGGGUUGGUUAUCAAAUCGGCGGGAAUUUCUACAAGCUGUACGAGGCUUGUUUCGACCGAGGGCUACUGACCACAGUCUACGUACAUCAUACCGUGACGCCUUUAAGCCACUUCAUGCAAAACGGCAGCAGACCGAAUUUUAUUGAGGGCGACCUGUUCGGCAAAAUCAAAAUGACGAAGGUCUACGCGGUCGAGAAUCAGAGGGCGCGUCUUAAAGCGACCCUCGGAGCAGGCGCCGACCAAACGUACAUAACGAAGAAACAAUUUUUGAAUCGUGGCCAUUUGGCCGCACGGGCCGACUUCAUAAUGCGCGCGGCGCAAAAGGCCUCCUUCCACUACAUAAACGCGGCGCCGCAGUGGAUGCGCGGGAACGCAGGCGAUUGGGCCGCGCUCGAAGAGGCUGUUCGCCGCCGGAUCUCUAAAUACGGCAGGGCUGUGAGCGUCUACACGGGCACCCACGGGGUCAGCUGGCUGACGGACUCGCUAGGGCUGCCCAAGGGGUUGUUCCUGCUCACGGACGAGAACAACAACGCCGUGGUGCCGGUACCGCUGUAUUUCUACAAGCUUGUCUACGACCCCGAAGAGCUGAAGGCGGUCGCCUUCGUCUCGAUCAACUCGUCCUACUACAACAGGAGUACGGUGGAGGGGUUGACCUUCUGUCGGGACGUAUGCGCCGGCAGCCGCGACUACUCCUGGCUGAGGUGGCGCCCAGGAGAUGGGACUCACAGCUUCUGCUGCGACUACCGGGAUUUCGUACGCGUCGUGACGCACCUGCCCAAGUUGAAGGUGGAGGGCCUCUUCUAU